CAAGGUGAUACUUUGAAAGCUAAUAUUCCAUUUGAAAACAGCCGGACAUAGGCUAUAGGCCACGGGCGGUGUUCGUAAGAGGUGAGAACUUUUUGAAGGGCAUGCAUCUGUAUAAAGAAUCAGGUUGGACCUGUUAGUAAAGUAAAAUUAUGUGUGGCUGUCAUAAUUCCACUUUUAUUGCAUUUCCUUGCAACUUGAAACCUCUUCCAUUUAAACCUUGGAGCAAGAUAUUGUUCAAGUCUUCUCAUUACACAUUCAUUACGCAUGGAAAGAUCUAAACAAACUUAGACUUUAACAUUAUUUCAUGAUUUUUGUAUUUAUCUCCGGAAUAAUUAAAUUAACCAUUGGCGUAAUUUUGGGCAAAAAUGUGAAUAAAGGGUUCAUGUAGAAGGAAGAGUGUGUCGCCUGUACAGGCAUAUCGGCGGGCCCCUGGGCGAUAUUUAGCCUCUUCCGUGUCUGGGGUAGAACAUAUAAAUCCACGGCAAUUAGCAUAAUGGGGGUUAAAUCAGCUCCCCAAGGCUAACUGAUUUUGUCCACAUCGAGAGAUUAAUAUUUUUGGUGACGAGAAGGAUUUAAAGAGCCUCAAUAAAGCAAUUGUAAACAAUAUGUAGACUACAGGCAAUGGCACUUAUAGGACCUAUGAUGAACAGUCAUAUUCAAAAAGGGACAUUAUUAAUCACAUACAUACAUACACACACACACACACAUCCAUACAUGAGUCUGGUCACACCAAUGGUCACAUCAAUUUAUUUUAUUUUGUGUGCUUUUUCAGAGAAAAGUCCCUGAUUAAUUUCUGAUUAUUGUGUAGUUUUCUGUUGACGUUUUUAAGUUCCGCUAACGCUGUAGGGGGCCACGACGCUUAGCUAUUCAGGCACAACGUCAAGUGCGACAUUAAAUUAAUGAAUAUCAAUAUCAGCAUUAACGUUGAGAUAACACUGGAGGGCAGGCUAAUUAUUUCACACAGCCUCUGGGGCUUUAAUGGGGGGAACUCUCAUGGGAAGGACUGGUUAAAUAGCGAGCUCUCCGUGGGAAAAGGGGGUUAUAGGUUUAGUGACUGGCUAGGUUUCUCAAUGCCGUCAUAUAAUAAAGUCACUCUCAGCUUGAAUCUUCUUAAAGAAAAAUAGUUACAGUUAUAGCCAUAUAAUAACUGAUGUAAUAUUGGAUCAUGUCCAAAUGCAGCUUCACCAUUAGGUUAUUUGAUGUCAGCUACUGACAGUUUUAAUAAACACACACACACACACACACACACACACACACACACACACACACCUUUCACGUGUCAGAACUGAUGACAAAUGAAUAGCCUAGCAGUUGGAGCCUAUUUGCACCUACAUUAGACGGGUAGCCAACAGGGGAUCCCUAUGCAUAUAUUUAACUGAAUAUCCUUACAUCUACCCGCCACUGCAAGCCUCCAGGCGGUGGGACGGAGCCGCCAUAGACCGGGAGAAACGGCUGCCAUUCAACUCCAAUACUCAGGGAGCUAAAUACAUAUUUUGAAAAGGCCCUUAUGUCCCCGUCCUGGCCAAUGUCAAGUGUUCCCUCAUGGCCUAUGGCAUAUUCCAGUUUAUUGUAAAUCAUUCUAUUGUAAAAAAUAGUUUAUUAAAAUAAAUAAAAUACAUUACAGUAAAAAGUAAGCCUAUGAUUUAAGCCUGUAUUUUAGGCCCAUGAUGAUCCCUGUAAAUUUGUCUGAAAUUACCCCCUCAUUACACUACUGUAUUAUUGGCAUGGCAAAAAAAUGAGAUCGAUUUAUAAUAGGUAUGCUUCCAUCAUAAAUUAUAAAUCAAGAUUUGUAUAGCAUUCAAACAUAUAUCUUGAUAAAUGUUCAUGCUCCUGCAUUUGGUGACAAUAAGAAAGUGAAAAUAUGGAUGAUAGCCUAUUGAUAUAAGGUAUAUCCAGGUUAUGAGCGUUCGAUUAAUUAUAAUAAUAAUAAUAAUAUUAUAUUAAGCUUUUAUUACCAAUUUUUGUAAUGUCACUUCAUGCAUUGUACAUUUCUGCAUUAUCAGUUACAAGCUGAAAUGUUAAGCUCGUGAUAGGGAUCUGAUACAAUCAUUUUGGUACUGUAUUUAAAUGUAUUGUUGGGGUACAAAUUCCCGCUGUCACCCUUAGGGCUUUUCAUUCCCAAGAGCAUAUAAAAUGAAAUAAUACCGAAGGCUAUAUCAUCUUUUCGACAAACGUUUCAACUCGAUGUAAGCCUACUUAAUAUAGCAAAUAAAUAGGUCAAAAAAUGGCAUAUUUUAAUCCACCUAUUUGAGGAAUUUAAAUUAUAUUCAAACAAAUAUUACUAUAGGCCUAGGUAUUUACAAUGAUUCUUAAAAUACCAACAUUGCAGUGUUCCAAAUUUUGAACGCAAUAUGAACGCACAUGAAGUUAGCCCAACUUGUCUUAAAAAUAGACAAAACUAAAACAUGAUUCGUUAUGACUUGUUUAAUGCCCAGGAUGCGAUUAAAUUCGGAACGCACAGAAAAACCUUUGAUUUAUGUGGUAGGUACCCUUUUCAACAGUAGGCUUGGGUCAUUUUUAUCGUAAUCUAUAGGCUUAACCUGUGUAAAUAAAAAUGGUUCGAGUUAGGCUAUUAUGCACGCUAUUUUGCUACACAUUAUGGAUAAUGACAAUAAUUAAGCAAUUUAUAGAACUCUUAAUGAAAACAUGAUUAUAACAUUUAAUAAAUGAGUCUGGUCACACCAAUGGUCACAUCAAUUUAUUUUAUUUUGUGUGCUUUUUCAGAGAAAAGUCCCUGAUUAAUUUCUGAUUAUUGUGUAGUUUUCUGUUGACGUUUUUAAGUUCCGCUAACGCUGUAGGGGGCCACGACGCUUAGCUAUUCAGGCACAACGUCAAGUGCGACAUUAAAUUAAUGAAUAACAAUAUCAGCAUUAACGUUGAGAUAACACUGGAGGGCAGGCUACUUAUUUCACACAGCCUCUGGGGCUUUAAUGGGGGGAACUCUCAUGGGAAGGACUGGUUAAAUAGCGAGCUCUCCGUGGGAAAAGGGGGUUAUAGGUUUAGUGACUGGCUAGGUUUCUCAAUGCCGUCAUAUAAUAAUGUCACUCUCAGCUUGAAUCUUCUUAAAGAAAAAUAGUUACAGUUAUAGCCAUAUAAUAACUGAUGUAAUAUUGGAUCAUGUCCAAAUGCAGCUUCACCAUUAGGUUAUUUGAUGUCAGCUACUGACAGUUUUAAUAAAAUGGGCGGCAGAUAUCCUAGGUUAGAGCGUUGGGCCAGUAACCGAAGGUCGCUGGUUGGAAUACCCGAGGAGACAAGGUGAAAAAUCAGUGGAUGUGCGGUUGAGCAAGGCACUUAACCCUAAUUUACUCCAGGGGCGUCUUACUACUAUGGCUGACCCUGUAAAACAACACAUUUCACUGCACCUAUCCGGGGUAUGUGACAAUAAAACAUCUUAAAACAUCUUAAAUUAAUGGAAAUAAAAAACGAAGUUUAAUAUAAAUACAUAGCCUACAUAAAUAAAAGUUUAAUAUAUAAAUGUUCGAUAAUUUAGGCCACUUGAUGUUUGAAUCUAGGCCUACAUCUACAGGCCAAGUCUUGCUUACAGGUACAUAAAUCAACAUUGAUAUUACUGGUUUUACUAAUUCAACAAUAACUAAUUGUUUGAAACAACAACUUUUCCCUCUGUAUUUACAGGCGACGCAGCCAUGCAGCACUACGGAGUGAAUGGAUAUUCUCUCCACGCCAUGAACUCACUAAGUGCCAUGUACAAUCUUCACCAGCAGGCGGCGCAGCAUGCCCAGCACGCGCCCGACUACCGGCCGUCCGUGCACGCGCUCACGCUGGCAGAGAGACUGGCUGGUAAGAACUGGUUGCACAUUUACUCAUUCUACUGCGUAAAUCUGUCCAUAAAUCAGGAAUAUUUGCAGUACAAUCAGGCUCUCAUGCUGUGUGAUGGACAAAUAUUAUGUUGCCUUAUGUUCAAAAGGUGUUCUUGAGUUUUAUGCAAUAAAUUGUUACAUUGUUUCAGAAAGGCUUAUUGAUCAGCACUAUCUGACCUGUCCCUCAAUUAAAUUAGCCCAAUCUCUUUUCCUUCAACGGCUGCACAUUUCAAGACAUAAUCCUGGAGGCCCGGUAUGGCUCCCAGCACAGGAAGCAGCGGCGCAGUCGCACGGCCUUCACUGCCCAGCAGCUGGAGGCCCUGGAAAAGACCUUCCAGAAGACCCACUACCCUGAUGUGGUGAUGCGCGAACGCCUGGCCAUGUGUACCAACUUACCAGAGGCCCGUGUACAGGUGAGGAUAUUACUUAGUCAAAAUAAAUAAAAUAUUUCACCUGCCUCUUAACUUUCAGUAUUGGUGGGGGAGAAGAGAGGGGGUGGGGGCGAUGAAGAUAAAUACUUGCUUAACCCUCUUCGUUCCUGGUGGAACAUAGGACCAUACUAAAGAUCUCCAAUGUUGCUGGUGGAACAUAGGACCAUACUAAAGAUCUCCAAUGUUGCUGGUGGAACAUAGGACCAUACUAAAGAUCUCCAAUGUUGCUGGUGGAACAUAGUACCAUACUAAAGAUCUCCAACGUUCCUGGUAGAACAUAGGCCCAUACUAAAGAUCUCCAAUGUUGCUGGUGGAACAUAGGACCAUACUAAAGAUCUCCAAUGUUGCUGGUGGAACAUAGGACCAUACUAAUGAUCUCCAACUUUCCUGGUCUCAGCAGUUUUAUUUUGCUUCUGGCCAUGACAAGUGGAUGUUUUUGAGUUUCGCUGUCAAGAAGUUCAAAUGCAAUUAGUAACAAUUAUAUUAGUGAGAAUACAUCAUGUACACAUGACGCACCAAAGCCAUGUAACAAAUCACCAAUAUUGACAUUAUCAGAAGCCUUGGCUAUUAUAGAGAAUUGUAGUUUAUUACAAAGUGAUGACAUUGUGUUUAUUAUUGUAUAACAACUGAAAUCCGUCCUCUCACCAGGUGUGGUUCAAGAACCGCCGCGCCAAGUUCCGCAAGAAGCAGCGCAGCCUCCAGAAGGAGCAGCUCCAGAAACAAAAGGAGGCCAACAGAGAGGGAGGUGACGAGGAAGAGGCCAAGACCACCGACCCCUCCACCCAGACCACUCCAUAUCCCUCCUCCUCCUCCUCCCUCUCGGAGACCAUGCGACCCCAGCCUGCGGAGAUGAGUGUGGAGGUGAAUGUCACCUCCCCGGAGGCCUCGGACAGCGAGUCGGCUGCGGAGGACAACGGUGAGGGAGAGGAGGAGCUGAAGUGGGAGAGGCUGCAGGAGGACACGCAGCAGCAGCAUCAGCUUCAGGGGGAGGUGCAGCAGGGGGGUGCAGGACUGCAGCCAGGAGGAGGAUCCCCAUCCUGCAAACGCCUCAGCCCCACACCAGGUGAGAAAUCCCACAUACAUUGGGCCAUUAGACAUAAGUAUUUAUUAUACUGUAGAUGCACCCUUGAUUUCCUUAAGAAGCACAUACAGUGGGGAGAACAAGUAUUUGAUACACUGCCGAUUUUGCAUGACAUAAGUAUUUGAUACAUCAGAAAAGCAGAACUUAAUAUUUGGUACAGAAACCUUUGUUUGCAAUUACAGAGAUCAUACGUUUCCUGUAGGUCUUGACCAGGUUUGCACACACUGCAGCAGGGAUUUUGGCCCACUCCUCCAUACAGACCUUCUCCAGCAGAUCCUUCAGGUUUCGGGGCUGUCGCUGGGCAAUACGGACUUUCAGCUCCCUCCAAAGAUUUUCUAUUGGGUUCAGGUCUGGAGACUGGCUAGGCCACUCCAGGACCUUGAGAUGCUUCUUACGGAGCCACUCCUUAGUUGCCCUGGCUGUGUGUUUCAGGUCGUUGUCAUGCUGGAAGACCCAGCCACGAACCACCUUCAAUGCUCUUACUGAGGGAAGGAGGUUGUUGGCCAAGAUCUCACGAUACAUGGCCCCAUCCAUCCUCCCCUCAAUACGGUGCAGUCGUCCUGUCCCCUUUGCAGAAAAGCAUCCCCAAAGAAUGAUGUUUCCACUUCUAUGCUUCACGGUUGGGAUGGUGUUCUUGGGGUUGUACUCAUCCUUCUUCCUCCAAACACGGCGAGUGGAGUUUAGACCAAAAAGCUAUAUUUUUGUCUCAUCAGACCACAUGACCUUCUCCCAUUCCUCCUCUGGAUCAUCCAGAUGGUCAUUGGCAAACUUCAGACGGGCCUUGAAAUGCGCUGGCUUGAGCAGGGGGACCUUGCGUGCGCUGCAGGAUUUUAAUCCAUGACGGCGUAGUGUGUUACUAAUGGUUUUCUUUGAGACUGUGGUCCCAGCUCUCUUCAGGUCAUUGACCAGGUCCUGCCGUGUAGUUCUGGGCUGAUCCCUCACCUUCCUCAUGAUCAUUGAUACCCCACGAGGUGAGAUCUUGCAUGGAGCCCCAGACCGAGGGUGAUUGACCGUCAUCUUGAACUUCUUCCAUUUUCUAAUAAUUGCGCCAACAGUUGUUGCCUUCUCACCAAGCUGCUUGCCUAUUGUCCUGUAGCCCAUCCCAGCCUUGUGCAGGUCUAUAAUUUUAUCCCUGAUGUCCUUACAAAGCUCUCUGGUCUUGGCCAUUGUGGAGAGGUUGGAGUCUGUUUGAUUGAGUGUGUGGACAGGUGUCUUUUAUACAGGUAACGAGUUCAAACAGGUGCAGUUAAUACAGGUAAUGAGUGGAGAACAGGAGGGCUUCUUAAAGAAAAACUAACAGGUCUGUGAGAGCCGGAAUUCUUACUGGUUGGUAGGUGAUCAAAUACUUAUGUCAUGCAAUAAAAUGCAAAUUAAUUACUUAAAAAUCAUACAAUGUGAUUUUCUGGAUUUUUGUUUUAGAUUCCGUCUCUCAUAGUUGAAGUGUACCUAUGAUAAAAAUGACAGACCUCUACAUGCUUUGUAAGUAGGAAAACCUGCAAAAUCGGCAGUGUAUCAAAUACUUGUUCUCCCCACUGUAUGUCAAUUUUUGUUAGUGUGCUUAUCCCUUAUCUGCAGGACUUCAAUGUAUUCUAUAUUAUUAUGAAUUCGUCUUGGAAGCGCAAAAUCGACAUUUUCUCUAAAAUAAUAAAAACUAUAACUAAAAUCUCUCUCUCUCUCAGACUCUCCCCUGGGCUCUCCCUCCCUCCCCUCCUCCAGCGGUGGCAUGGGCAGCAGUUGUGUGUCCCAAGGCUCCUAUGCCUCGUCCCCCCUCAGCCUCUUCCGCCUGCAGGAGCAGUUCCGCCAGCACAUGGCUGCCACCAACAACAUGGUCCACUACCCCUCCUUCGACAUGGGUACCCCCUCCUCCCUGCCCUAUCUGGGCAUGAACGUCAACAUGCCCUCCCCCCUGGGCUCUCUGCCCUGCCAAUCCUACUACCAGUCCCUGUCCCAGGCGUCCAUUUCCCAGGCCCAGCAGGUGUGGAACAGCCCCCUAGCGGGUCUCCAGGCCCCUCCAGGCAGCCUGCCCAGCCUCAACAGCAAGACCACCAGCAUUGAGAACCUGCGUCUGAGGGCCAAGCAGCACUCUGCCUCCCUGGGCCUGGACACGCUACCCAAC